UCUCAAUGGCUAUUCAAGGGUGAACAUGUUGGAAAAACUCCUUCAGUAGCUCUCGAUGGCAAAUCCGUCUCUGAUGAGCUCGUCUUAAGGAAUCAAGGGAUCGAAUUCUUAUCUCGUGUUAGCUUGCAAUUGAAGCUUACGGUCCCAGUUAUCUCCACCGCAGCAGUAUACUUCCACCGCUUCUAUAUGCGAUACUCGAUCAAUGGCCACAUUAUCUACGACACCGCUGGCGCAUGUAUAUUCCUCGCGUGUAAGACGGAGGAGACCGGGCGAAAGCUCAGGGAUGUUGCAAUCGUCUGCCAUGCGAAGGCCAGCGGUUUACCACCCACAACAGAUGAGCAAGAUCCGAAUGUCACCAAGUGGAUGAAACGUAUCACGCAAUAUGAAGAGCUCCUCCUCGAGGCCUUGUGUUUUGAUAUGACGGUCGAGCACCCUCACACCGCGUUAUUGACAGCAGCCAAAGUGCUUCAUCCUUCAGAAGAACUUCUUGCGUAUUCCUGGAGCAUCAUAAAUGACACCUAUCGGACCCCUCUCUGCGUUUUGUACUCACACAAUGUCAUAGCUUGCGCGUGCUACUUAUUAGCGCAUUAUUGGAUGGAU